GGCGGGGCCCGUGCCCGGUGCUCGGGGCCCGUUCGGGGCCGAAUCCUGCGCCAUGGCCGGGGCCCGCUGGGCGCUGCUGGCGCUGAGCCUGGCGGCCGCAGCCGGGACCGGGACCGGGACCGCCGGGGAGCGGCUCCACGUCUGCAAGGAGUCCGAGUACCACUACGAGUACACGGCGUGUGACAGCGCGGGCUCGCGGUGGCGGGUGGCGGUGCCGCACACACCGGGGCUCUGCACCGGGCUGCCGGACCCCGUCAGGGGCACCGAGUGCUCGUUCUCAUGCAGGGCGGGUGAGUUCCUGGACAUGAAGGCGCAGCGGUGCCGGCCCUGCGCCGAGGGCACCUACUCCUUGGGUACCGGGGUCCGCUUUGAUGAGUGGGAUGAGGUGCCCCACGGCUUCGCCAGCGUCGCCACCAGCCUGGACAGCGAUGAUGGCUUUGGGGAUGCGGUGGAGAACUGCACGGGCUCAACGUGGGUACCGCUGGGGGACUACGUGGCCUCCAACACGGAUGAGUGCACGGCCACGCUCAUGUACGCCGUCAACCUCAAGCAGUCGGGGACCGUGUCCUUCGAGUACCUGUACCCCGACAGCAGCAUCGUCUUCGAGUUCUUUGUGCAGAACGACCAGUGCCAGGCCACAGUGGAGGAGUCGCGGUGGAUGCGGACAACGGAGAAGGGUUGGGAAUUCCAUAGCGUGGAGCUGAGCCGCGGGAACAACGUCCUCUUCUGGCGCACCACGGCCUUCUCCGUGUGGUCCAAGGUGCCCAAGCCGGUGCUGGUGAGGAACAUCGGCAUCACCGGGGUUGCCUUCACCUCCGAGUGCUUCCCCUGCAAACCGGGCACCUUCGCGUCCACCGCCGGCUCCUCCUCCUGCCAGCCCUGCCCGGCCGACUCCUCCUCGGCCAAAGGGGCCACCUCCUGCCAGCCCUGCGAGCCCGGCACCUACGCGGAGCCCGGCUCAGCCUCCUGCAAGCCGCGGCCGCCCUGCACGGACAAGGAUUACUUCUACACUCACAGUGCGUGCGAUGAGCACGGGGAGACGCAGUUGAUGUUCAAAUGGGCCGAGCCCAAGGUGUGCAGCGAGGAGCUCCCGCAGGCGGCCAAGCUGCCCCCAUCGGGGGGCCGGACCCGAUGCCCCCCCUGCAACCCCGGCUUCGCUGCCACCAACGGCUCCGCCUGCCAGCCCUGUCCCAUGGGAUCCUACUCCAACGGCUCCGGCUGCCUGAGCUGCCCCGCGGGCAUGGAGCCGGUGCUGGGGCUGGAGUACAAGUGGUGGAACGUGCUGCCCCCCAACAUGGAGACCACGGUGCUCAGCGGCAUCAACUUCGAGUACAAGGGGAUAGCAGGCUGGGAGGUGGCCGGGGAUUACAUCUACACAGCGGCCGGAGCCUCCGACAACGACUUCAUGAUCCUCACGUUGGUGGUGCCGGGCUUCAGCCCCCCGAGCCCGGUGCUGGAGGACACAGAGAGCAAGGAGGUGGCCAGGAUCACCUUCGUCUUUGAGACCAUCUGCACCGUCAACUGCGAGCUCUACUUCAUGGUGGGCAUCAACUCCCACACCAACACCCCGGUGGAGACGUGGACAGGCCCACGGGGGAAGCAGUCCUACACCUACGUGGUGGAGAAGAACGCGAGCAUGAGCUUCACAUGGGCUUUCCAGCGCACCCCAUACCAUGAAGAGGGCCGGCGCUACACCAGCGACGUGGCCAAGCUCUACUCCAUCAACGUCACCAAUGUCCUCGGUGGGGUGGCCUCCUUCUGCCGGCGCUGCGCCCCCGAGGCCGAGGGCUCCUGCGCCCCGUGCCCCCCCGGGCACGUCAUGGACCAUGGAGUGGGCGCCUGCCGGCCCUGCCCGCCCGGCACCUACCUGCGGGGUCACCCCGCUGAUGGGCUCCCCGCCUGCCACCCCUGCGGGCCCGGCACGUACAGCAACCAGCUGCGCUCUCUCUGCUUCAACAACUGCUCGGCGGCGCUGCCGCUGCGGGGCCGGCUCCUCCGGUUCGAGUUCCCCAGCAUGGCGGCGCCCGCCGCGCUCAGCACCGGCCCGGCCUUCACCCCCCGCGGGCGGCGCUACCGGCACCACUUCCGGGUCAGCCUCUGCGGGCCGCAGAGUCAUACAAGCACACAAGCACACACAUGGCCAUGCCCCUGUGUGUGCUGCCCGCAGGGCCGGAAGGCGGCUGCCUGCAGUGACAAUGUGACGGAGGCGCGGCUGCGCGUGGUCACGGGUUACGUGUGCCAGGCCACGCUCGUGCCCCCCGACCGCCCCCGCCACCAGGGCCCCAUCUCCUCACAGCCAAUCAGCCUCGGGGACCGCAUCCUGGGGGUCACCACCAGCUCCACCCUGGACGGCAUCACCUCCCCUCCGGAGCUCUUCCCACUGGGACACCCCGACCUGCCCGACAUCAUCUUCUUCUACCGGUCCAAUGAUGUGACACAGCCGUGCAGCUCCGGCCGCGCCACCGCCAUCCGCCUGCGCUGUGACCCAUUGCUCCCCAGCCCCGGCACCCUCAGCGUGCCCAGUAAAUGCCCCGAGGGCACCUGUGACGGCUGCACCUUCCACUUCCUGUGGGUGACGGGCGAAGGGUGCCCCCGCUGCUCCUCCAGCCACUAUCGCCCCAUUGUCAGCGCUUGCCUUGGUGGCGUCCAGAGAACCACGUACGUGUGGCGGGAGCCGCGGCUGUGCCGGGGCGGUCGGAGCCUGCCCCCACCAACGGUGCGGCCGUGCCGGAGCGCCGAUUUCUGGCUCAAGGUGGGGAUCUCCGCGGGCACCGGCGCCGCCGCGCUCUUGGCCGCCCUCGCCGCCUACUUCUGGAAGAAGAACCAAAAGUUGGAGUACAAGUACUCGAGGCUGGUGAUGAACGCGGCGGCCAAGGAGAGCGAGCUGCCGGCGCCGGACACGUGCGCCAUCAUGGAGGGGGAGGACGCGGAGGACGAUCUGCUUUUUGCCACCAAAAAGUCCCUUUUUGGCAAAAUCAAGUCCUUCACCUCUAAGAGGCUGCCGGACGGCUUCGACUCGGUGCCGCUGAAGACAUCGUCCGGUGGCAGCGCCAUGGAGCUGUGAUGGGCGCGGGGGUCCCCAUCCC